GUCGGAGAGAGAGAAUGAACCACAGUCUGGAGAGCCUGAGAACCCUGCUGCUGCAGGGACCACUACAUCAGGGUGUGACUCAGCGUAGAGUGGAGAAAGCUGAGAUCCUGGAACACACUGUUCUCUUUCUCCAGAACACUGGAGAUGGGGACAGGAAGAAAGGUGAAGAUGGAGAAAAGCAACAUCCCUUCCAGGAUGGCUUCUCAGGCUGCCUGCAAAGAGCUGCACACUUCCUGGGGCAGGAAGAGGAGGGUCUGCAGCUGGAGGCAGCACUGAACUCUACUUUCUCUGCUCGGCUGAACAGCCAUGCCUGCCUGAACACCGAAGUCCCGGCUAAAGCUCACUCUUCCACAUCUCUGCCCAAUACAAUGUGCCACCAGUCCUCACACCUGAUGAAGAUAGAGGAGUCCCACUACAGACAACAGCUUUGUGAAGUCUACAGGAGACAUCUGUCUCAUGCUCACAGAGCUCCACUCCAACAUGGAGAUCCCAAACCUCCCCAGCUGCCACACAGACACGCUGACAAAGAAGCCCAAUCCCAGAACCUCCCAGGCAGCCAGUCUGUGUGGAGGCCUUGGCCCUGAUCUAGCAGAGGAGCCUGAAUUGGGAUAUUGAACUGUAAAACAACUCUAAUAUCCUAUGAACUGAUAACCAGGAUGCCACAUCCUUUUCUGCUGGGGUUGCUAUGUUGUUAUUAAUUUAUGCAGUGUUGUGAACACCUGACUCAGAGACUCCAUAGAUUUGCAGUGACAUGGCAAUGUUGUACUGCAAAGAAUAUAUCAAUUCAAAAUAUUGUACAAUUUCUCUAUACUUUAAUAUUACAACAUGUACUAUGUAUAAGUUGUAGUACUCUGAUAUCUUGUCUAUUUUUGCACAUUAAUUUAUUCUGUGACUUGUUCCUUUGUUUUUCCAGAUAUAUAGGCCUGUAUGUUGAAAUACAA